UAAAAGCGCGCGCCCGCCGACGGCCGCCAGUUACCUCCCGAAGCUCUGCUCAGAGCUUACACUCGAGUCAAACAAAAGUUUUCGUCGAGCGAUCUCACGAUGCGCGUGUGCGUGGCGGCGCUGUGCGUGUGCGCGCUGUCCUCCCUGGCGGCCGCCGAGCGCGACGCCGGCGACGCGCCGCAGCAGGCGGACAGCGAGCUCGAGCUGACGGAGGAGGAGAAGCGCGCGUGGGCGAGCCUGCACGGCGGCGGCGGCUGGGGCAAGCGCGGCUGGCAGGACAUGAGCAGCGCCUGGGGCAAACGCGGCUGGCAAGAUAUGAGUUCGGCGUGGGGAAAGAGGGGAUGGCAAGACAUGAGUAGUGCGUGGGGCAAGAGAGGGUGGCAAGACAUGAGUUCUGCAUGGGGCAAGCGCGCCUGGAGGGACAUGUACCAGUCGCCGUGGGGCAAGCGCGGCUGGCAAGACAUGAGCUCCGCGUGGGGCAAAAGAGGCUGGCAGGACAUGAGCAGCGCGUGGGGCAAGCGCGCACCUGAGAAGUGGGCCAACUUCCACGGCUCGUGGGGCAAGCGCGCCCCCCCCGCGCUGGACUACCCCCCCGACUUCACCCCCGCGCUCGCCGACCUACUCGCCCUGCAACAGUACGAAGCGGACCAGCGGACCCUGGCGGAGGCAGCCGAGGCGGUGGCGGCGGCGGCGGAGGCGUCCCGGUCGGGGGCCGCGGGGGACGCGGGGUACGCGGGGGCGGCGCACAAGCGCGCGUGGAGCUCGCUGCACGGCGCGUGGGGCAAGCGCCCCGUCAAGCCGGCCAACAUGAACAGCGCAGGCGCGUACUACUGGAAGCGGCAGCCGGGCUGGACCAACCUGCGCGGCAUGUGGGGCAAGCGCGCCGCCGCCGCCCCCGCGGCCCCCGCGCCCGCCCCCGGCGCCCCCGCCGCGCCCGACGACGACUGGGAGCACGAAGGCAGCCCAUCUCAAGAAGAGGCCUAGACGACCCGCUAUACUGACAACCUGUAACAUACUCCACAUAUUGUAACUGUCACUGUAACACUGACCGACAUAUCGUAGUUCCAUACCCGCUCGCUAGAUGGCGCUGGCGGCGCGCGCUGGCUCCCAACCGGCGCAGCGCGCGCGGCCCGACCACCUCUAUCGUAAUUUACUGUAGUUAUUACUACUAUCAUAAAAAUCCAAUAAAAAAUAUUGUGAAAGUUUAUGCGACCAUCUGCCUGUGGGUCGCAUAUUUUCUGAUUACGAGUAAUUCGUACAAAUAUAGCUCUAUUAUUGUUAACAAUGUCAUCUUCUAGUGUUAAAGUUUAAUAUAAUUACGUGUAAUUGUUAAGAUAAAUGUUUAUUUUUACGAGAUGUUUCAUAAUACUUAUGUACAUGGUAGCGGUAAGGGAGGCUAGUUAGUAAUCAAUUACUUAGUCAUAUGUACAAGUCAGUCGGUGUACCUACGUGUAAUGUAUCAGAUAGCUUCGGAUCAUAAGUUGUCCAAUAAAAGUUCUCUCGGAAGCGUUGUCUUGUUUUAUUUAUUACCAUUCCUAUUAUCCCCGCAUAGGGUUUCGUUCCCGUGUUCCCGGGAAUUCCCGUUCCCGGGAAUUCCCGGGAAAUUUGUCCUUCCCGAAACCGGGAAA